AUGGACGAAAACGACCUCGCUGAUAACCACAACAUUGAUCCUGACAGUGACGACAUGCUGACUCAGCCCUCGGAGAUUCUCGCCAGACAUUGUGAGGAGAAUGGGCGCAAGUACCACGGGUUCAAGGACGGCAAAUAUGUUCUGCCAACGGACGAGGAAGAGCUGCAGCGCCAAGGUCAGCCGAAUACCAGUACCAUUUGUGUCUCGCUACCUUCGGCGCGCAUGCCUUCGCUCCCUUCAGGAAUCUGCACAGAGUGCUUGAUGUGGGCUGUGGCCGCGAUUGAUGAUCUGGAGGAGCCGUGGACCUUUAGCUUCAAGUACGAUUACAUCCAUGUUUCAAUGAUGACGGGUGCUUUCCGAGACUGGUCAAACUUUUACUAUCAGGCGUUCCAUUUUUUGAAGUCGGAGGGAUGGGUCGAGAUUCAGGACAUUGACUUUCCCCUUCAGUGUGCCGAUGGUUCUCUCCCCAGCGACAGUGCUAUGAGGAGAUGGAGCGAUCUGAUGUUGGAGGCUAGCCGAAAGUCUGGCUAUCUCCUGGACACUUGUGGAAAGGCGGCCGAGCUGAUGAGAGAGGCUGGGUUUGUCGACAUCGUCCGAGUCCCAUACAAGUGGCCCAUCGGGCCGUGGCCCAGAGACCCAAGCCUCAAGCAGUUGGGAGCUUGGGUGUUUGAGAACUUCCAUGGCGGAAUCGAGACCAUGUCACUGGCCCUAUUCACUCGGUUUCUCGGCUGGAGCCUCGAUGAGGUCAGGGCAUUUGCUGAAGAGGCCCGAGCCGAGCUUUGCAACAGGAAUUUCCAUACGUACUUUGACAUGUAUGUCACAUACGGCCGCAAGCCGUAG